AUGGCGGACUACAAGAGCUACUUGGCUGCGAGUAUCUUGACUGAGGAUAAAGUGGUCACUUAUCGCCUUCUUAGCCGGGCUCUGAAAGUCCAUGUCAAUGCAGCAAAGGAAAUGCUCUAUGACUUCCAUAGUCAGCAGAAUGCGAAGAAACCUGGAGCUGUCCACGCAACCUAUCUUGUCAGCGGCACAAAACGAAAAGAAACACCCGUUGUAACGAAUGGAGGGGCAAAGAAGGAUGGCGAGGACGAUUAUAUGCAGAGCAGUCCAUUUAUGAGCAGUUCAAUGCCACAAUCGGAGGAAGAUACUGGCGAAACCUCCGGCUUGACUAUAUCCUUGGUGCGCGAAGAGGAGUUGGACGAUCUACGCUCCCAAUACGAGAAGAUCAGUGCGAUACAUAUCUACAGUCUCGAACCCCAUCCAUUGAAGGAUCUACAGGUACUUUCAGAUGUAACCCGAGAGAUGCAAGAACUCUGCGCCACUGAAGACCCUCUCGAAUCUGCCUCCAAAUACGGUUCAAUAAUAAGCAAGAACGUCAAACGACGAGCAGCCCGAAGACCACCUUCAGCAGCCGCUCCCGUCCCAGCAAAGGUCCCAGCACUUAAAUCCAAACCCUCCGAGACCAAAGAAACCCCUAAGUCCUCCAAACCCGUAAAAGAAGAGCCUAAGUCCCAACCCUCGAACGCAAACGACUUCUUUGGAAAAGGAAAAGUGAAGGCCAAACCAGCAGCUACAAGCAACCCCCCUAGCAAAGAAUCUACUCCCAAUCCGCCGACCUUGAAGAAAGAAUCAUCCAGCAUUUUCAAGUCUUUCGCCAAAGCCAAGCCCAAGCCGAAACCAGAGGAAGUAGCAGACGAGCCCAUGAAGGAUGUCUCAGAUGACGAGGAAGAAACUUAUGUUCCACCUCCCCCAUCGAAAGAAAUUGUAGACAGCGAUCGUAAGUCUAGGAAAGAACGGGAAGCGGUGCUAAAGAAAAUGAUGGAGGAAGAUGACGACGAUGAGGAACCAGCUGUAGCGUCGCCUGAGGUGGUGGAAGAAGAGGAGCCUAUUGAAGAGCCGAAACCGAAGGCUGAGUCUGAGGAAAAGGAAGAGCCACCUAUUGUUAGUGGUGGGAGGAGGAGGGGACGUAGAAGGGUUAUGAAGAAGAAGACCGUGAAAGAUGAUGAGGGAUAUCUUGUGACGAAAGAGGAGAUGGAUUGGGAAUCUUUCUCUGAAGACGAGCCAGCUCCAGCACCGAAGCCAAGAAUACAGUCUUCUUCGACGACAUCUAAGACGAAGAAACCGGCUGCUAAGACGGGGCAGGGGAGUAUUAUGUCGUUUUUUGGCAAGAAAUAA